CGCUACUAGUCAUCAUCGCACUCGGCGAGGGAGUUUGCUCUUUGACCAUUGACCACCAUGUUCCGCUCAGCUAUCUCCAGACCUUUGUUCGCUGCUGCCCGUCCUGUCAUCUCAAGGACAGCAAUUCGCCCUACUCUUGUGCGUUCGUACCAUGAGAAAGUCAUCUCUCACUACGAAAAGCCUAGAAACGUCGGCUCACUACCAAAGAACGACAUAGACGUCGGCACUGGCCUAGUUGGCGCACCUGCGUGCGGCGAUGUCAUGAAGCUCCAAAUCCGAGUAGAUGAGAACGGAAUUAUUUCUGACGUCAAAUUCAAGACGUUUGGUUGUGGUAGUGCCAUUGCCUCCAGCUCGUAUAUGACCGAGCGCGUCAAGGGGCUCUCCCUGGAGGAGGCAGGCAAGAUCAAGAACACCGAAAUUGCAAAGGAGCUUUGCUUGCCCCCCGUCAAACUCCAUUGUUCCAUGUUGGCCGAAGACGCUAUCCGUUCGGCCAUUCGGGAUUACAAGUCGAAGCGCAAGCUUGCUGGCAGCAAACCAAAAAUCGACCUGUCACAUUCCACCAACGCUUCCGCAGCCGAGACAUCCUCGCCGUCUGCGUAAACGUCUCGACGUUUUUGGUCAAAGCCAACAAGAGUUGUCGAUAAAAUCCUCGCUAUCGGUGCUGUAUGUCGAUGUCAAUACAUGCCACACACACAAACUGUACAUUCCUUUAUCUAAUUAGUCGUAGUCUUACAUCUGCAUUGUAUUAUUAGUCCAUUAUGCAUACCUUAUCGCAUUGUUGAUUCCAUGUUCGCAUCGACAAGUGUACCGGGCAGACUGUAA